AUGAUGAUGAAGCUGGUGGUGAGCAAAACGCCUCUCCGGAUUUUCUUGUCUUCUCCGACGAUGUCAAAGCUGGAUCCGGCGACGACAAGAUUAGUUGGCAAAGGAGAAGAAACUAAAGAAGCUGAUUACGAUUGUGAAGACUUCAUCUACAAUUCAAAUUCCUUUUCCCUUUUCAGUUUCUCUGCCGUGGUUGGACCUAAUGGGAGUGGAAAGAGCAAUCUGAUAGAUGCAAUAUUGUUUGUAUUUGGGAAACGAGCUAAGCAGAUGCGUCUCAACAAAGUGUCAGAGCUAAUUCACAACUCAACCAAUCACCAGAACUUGGACAGUGCUGGAGUUUCUGUACAGUUUGAAGAGAUUAUCGAUUUGGAAGAUGGCUCGUACGAAACUGUCCCUGGAAGUGAUUUCAUGAUUACCCGUGUUGCAUUCCGAGAUAAUUCUUCCAAGUAUUAUAUCAAUGAAAGGUCGAGCAAUUUCACUGAAGUUACCAAAAUUUUGAAGGGGAAAGGAGUAGAUCUAGACAACAAUCGUUUCUUGAUUCUUCAGGGGGAGGUAGAACAGAUAUCACUCAUGAAGCCGAAAGCACAAGGUCCCCAUGACGAAGGUUUUCUUGAAUAUCUCGAGGACAUUAUUGGAACGAAUAAAUACGUGGAGAAGAUAGAUGAAUUAAAUAAGCAGCUUUGGAGCUGCAAGGCGAAGGUUGAGAAGGUUGAGAAGAUUCAGACUGUAAGUUUGCCUUUGCUCUGA